AUGGGGAUGAAGAAGGGAGCCGGGUCUCCCAAGAAGAACGCUUCCGUGCAGUUCUUCCUGGACGACGAGGCGUCGAAUGUGACGGCCAACCGAGUGGACCUGAAGACCUCCAGCGAGUACUGGACGCAGAGCACCAACAUGAGCUCCCUGGACACCCGCGGCGAGCUGAUCCGCCAGCGGGACGCCAAGGACUCCUGGAGCAAUUUGAGCUCUUCAGCCCGGAAGCAGUCGGAUUUGAAGUCUCAAGUGCUGGGCGGAACUCCGAAGAGCUCGCAGUCCCCGUCCGCAAGCGUGGGGAGCUUGAGCCCGCGCGCCCACUCUCCCCGGAACUACGCGGUGCACGAGACCAGGCUGCCGCUCAGCGCGCGCGACCUGAAGGCCAACGAUCUGGCCACCUCGGAAAGUCAGCUCACCGGCUUCGCCUCGCCCUCUGCGGCUUUGAGCCCCCGCGGGGCAGUGAAGGCCUUCCGUGACCGCAGCAACGAGGACCUCCGCCGGGGCAACUGCCAGUUCACCGACCUCACCGGCAGGACAGAAACAUCUCCACGCACGCCGAAGCGCAGCGAAAUGCACCACACAGCCGGGUCCUACUGGGCAACCGCCACCACGGAGAUCUCACGCAAGAACUACGAGCGGAAGAGCGGGGAGUGCAAGGAGAACACCGGCACGUUGAUUCAUCAUCACGGAGCGGAGGUAGAUGCAGAAUGCCUGUCGCCCAGGUCCAACCCUGAGAGCCCGCAAGCGAAGAAGCACCGGGAGGAGGAGCGCGCUUGCUACGAUGCUGCGUCCCAACAUUCCACCGGCCUGGAGCUCUCACGGCGCAGGCGAGAAAUGCGUGCCAGCAAGUCCAUGGGCGCACUGCCGGAGCCGGACAAUUUGUCCGCUGCGGAGCGGAAGAGGGCGCACCUCGCCUCGGGCCAGCUCCGCACCGCCACGGGGGCGCAACCGGAGCCCCACGACGACGGCCGCGCCGCCGGCUGGGCAUCCCCGCGCUCCGGGAGGACCACAGUGUCCCAGCCACCCUGCCCCAAGCUGGCGGCACGGGGGCUCAUGAAUCAGCCCAACAUGUACCAGUACCGGAACCUUGCCGCUGCCUCCCCUCGCGCCCGGAAGAUUCAAGAGCAGUCGAGCAGUCUGGGCUUCUUCUGA